AUGGGUAGUCCUCCUCCUGUCUUGCUCCUGGCCGUCCGCGCAGCUUUCCAGUCGUGCGCCAGACAGUAUGCUGCCUCAAGACGGACACAGUUCAGCACCCUGCGACCGCUGCUGAAGAGCCCACAGCAACCCAGACGGGCAGACAACCUUCCCAUCCAAGUCGUCCACAGCCAGCUGAAAGCUCAGAAAAAGUCGCAAGCCUCGCCAUCCCCUUCACUUCCUCCAAGCCCUCAAGCUAGUACUGAAGUGGUUCCUGUCGCAAAGGAUGAAAAAGCAGUGGAUAGCGGCCGCAAGGUUGAAGUGCCUAUGAAGAUUAUACCCAAGGCUGAGAUCGCCCCGAAUUUGACCCUGUCGCCAAAAGAGCGUCUACAUAUUGAGCAGUUGACACGAAGCUUGCCUCCUCGUACUGAGCCCAAAGUCUACAAACAGAGGUUACGGAUAUAUACCGCUGGAAAUGGCCGGAUAUAUAUGCUCACAUUUCUCCGCUUCGCGACAAUAAUCGCGCUCUGCUUUGUCACCAUCAUUGUCGCGCCAGCUCACUGGGUGAAUGGGAGUCCUCUCUGGCUUGUCGCCGGCGUGUGGCUGGCCGGUUUCAUACCGUUCAUUUAUGUGAACUGGACAUUGAGGCCAAUAGUGACUGAAGUCUUCUUGAGGCUUCCGACCUCUGUUCAGCAUUCGCCCAAACUUGCCAUGGAAUAUGCCAAAAGUUUGCCGGUCGAUGCCGUACUAGAUCUGAGGUUCAUGCGGGCGUCGACACUCACAGAUAUGGUCUCUUUGAAGCUUACCAACACCAAGCCGAUCAAGAGCGCGUUCCGUCCAGUGAGCUUUGAAUGGGUCGGUCCUUUGGUCGAGCGAGGAAGUCUCCUGAGACCCAACCCUACUCAAUUCUAUGUCCGUCCACAGUCUGCUGGAGGAAGGGCGGCCAGAGAUGUGACCCCUGGAAUCUGGGGUAAAGUGUAUGAAAGACUUACUGGGUUGGAAAGCAAUGCGGUCUCGAAAUGGCGGCGAUGA